AAGUCAGGAAAAGAGGGUGGUAUUGCAACACGGGGCUGUCUGCAGCUGCUGUUCCUGGGGCUCAGCUUCCCUCUGCAAUUCCUGCCCCUCCUUCCAAAACAAAACCUGUCCCUUUCUCUUCUCUCUUGGCCUCUGGGUUUUUACUUGAAGCGCGGGGCUGCUCAGUAACGGAUCGGGCAAAGCUCCCACGGAAGGGCGGCGAGACAGUACCUAAUUCAGUCUGCCUUGCAGCAUGACGGUGUUUGUGUCCGUGGGAAGGUUUCCUGUAGAAGUGUCAGAUGUUUGUAUGGAUCCAUUCAUUAAUCAACUGUAUAGUCUGAAGAGCAGCAGCAAAGAUCAGCAUUAAGUCGUCUUCUCCAGUGGUUUAGCAGCGAGUACCUUUGGGAAGCAGGAAGAUGAUGAGUGACGCGAGUGACAUGUUGGCUGCCGCUUUGGAACAGAUGGACGGCAUUAUAGCAGGUUCCAAAGCUCUGGAGUAUUCCAACGGUAUAUUUGAUUGUCAGUCCCCUACCUCCCCAUUUAUGGGGAGCCUGCGAGCGCUGCACCUUGUGGAAGAUUUACGUGGUUUAUUAGAGAUGAUGGAAGCAGAUGAAAAAGAAGGAUUGAGAUGUCAGAUCCCUGAUUCAACAGCAGAAGCUCUGAUUGAAUGGCUCCAAAGCCAAAUGACUAAUGGCCAUAUAGCUGGUAAUGGAGAUGUAUAUCAGGAAAGGCUAGCACGUCUGGAAAAUGACAAGGAAUCUCUUGUUUUGCAAGUAAGUGUACUUACUGACCAGGUGGAGGCACAAGGAGAAAAGAUCCGAGAUUUAGAGUUCUGCCUAGACGAGCACAGGGAGAAGCUGAAUGCCACAGAAGAGAUGCUGCAGCAGGAGCUUUUGAGUAGAACAUCCCUUGAAACUCAGAAAUUGAACCUUAUGGCAGAAAUUUCCAAUUUGAAGCUAAAGCUAACCGCUGUAGGAAAGGACAGGUUAGACUGUGAAGAUAGAUACGGAGACACAGAGGGCUUGAUGCAGGAAAUCAGUGAAUUACGGUCAAGAGUCGGAGAGAUGGAUAAUGAAAGACUUCAGUAUGAGAAGAAGCUUAAAUCCACCAAAGAUGAACUGGCAUCUUUGAAAGAGAAAUUGGAACAGAAAGAAGCAGAAGUAAGGCGGUUACAAGAAAAAUUGGUUUGCAAGAUGAAAGGAGAAGGAAUUGAAAUAAGUGACAAAGAUGAAAAUUGUAAAAAGAAGCUCAAAGACAAAAAUAUAGAGGUACAGAAAAUGAAGAGGGCCGUGGAGUCUCUAAUGGCAGCGAAUGAAGAAAAGGAUAGGAAGAUAGAAGAGCUGCGACAAUCCCUGAAUCGGUAUAAGAAAGUGCAAGAUGUGGUAAUGGCUCAGGGUAAAAAAGGCAAAGAAGGCGAAUGUGAAGAAUUUUUAAAUCCAGGAUCUGUUUCAGCGGUUUUAUUGGACAUGCAGAGUUUAAUUGAUCAAGAGAAAAGCCCAUCUCCUGUUCCAGUAAUCGGGUCUCCGAGCCAUGAAGUAUUUAAUACCAGUGUUCCUGAAGAGAAUUCACUACAGAUUCACACCAGCAUCUUGCAAGUUUCAAUCCCUGCUUUUUCUCCUGUACCCAAAAGCCCAGAGGCAGCUACAGAAAAAGAAAAAGCACAGCCUAAAGCAGAAGUUACAAGUGAAGUGAGUGAAGGUAAAACACCAGGUUCCUCUGUAGAAACACAGCCAUGUGACAGUCCAUUAGCUUCAACCCUGCAAAAAUCCAGCAGUCUGGGCAAUUUGAAGAAAGAGACAUCAGAAGUGGACAAAGAACCCCUACAGAAACCAGCAGAGACUAAAGCUCCUGUGGAAGGUAACAAAUGCGGAACCCUCCCUCCAAAAUCUCCAAGCCAUAGUGGUACUGGAGAGGAUGACAGAUUUGGUACCCGCAAAGCCAGAACGUCAUUUGGACGAGGCUUUUUCAAGAUAAAAAAUAACAAGAGGACAGCGAGUGCACCUAAUUUGGAUCGCAGUCGAAGUGCAAGUGCACCUACCUUAGCUGAAACAGAAAAGGGAUUUGCAGAUCACUUGGACCUAGCUGGUUUGCCCCCUCGACCGAAAGAAACGGACAGUGGGCAGAUGUCUCCCUCUUCUCCUGACUCCAAGAAGAAGACCAGCGGAAUCAAGAAACUAUUUGGAAGGCUUAAAAGGAGUCAGUCUACCACAUUUAACCCGGAUGAUAUGUCUGAAGCAGAAUUCAAAAGAGGAGGGACAAGAGCAACUGCAGGACCAAGACUAGGCUGGUCUCGAGACCUUGGACAGUCUAAUGACCUCGAUAUGCCAUUUGCUAAAUGGACAAAGGAGCAAGUUUGCAACUGGCUUCAGAAUCAGGGUUUAGGUUCAUACAUGAAUCAUGGGAAACACUGGAUACUGUCUGGGCAGACUCUCUUGCAAGCUUCUCAGCAGGAUCUGGAAAAGGAACUUGGAAUAAAGCAUCCACUGCAUCGAAAGAAACUUCAGCUUGCUCUUCAGGCAUUGGGGUCAGAAGAAGAAAACAAUCAUGGAAAACUGGAUUACAACUGGGUUACCAGGUGGUUGGAUGACAUUGGACUUCCCCAGUAUAAAACUCAGUUUGAUGACGGAAGGGUGGAUGGUCGAAUGCUCCAUUACAUGAGUGUUGAUGAUUUGCUGUCCUUGAAAGUUGUUAGUGUCCUUCACCAUCUUAGUAUUAAGAGAGCCAUUCAAGUCCUGAGAAUAAAUAACUUUGAACCCAACUGUCUACGCAGGAGGCCGUCUGAUGAGAACAACAUCACCCCCUCCGAGGUUACUGAGUGGACCAAUCACCGUGUGAUGGAGUGGUUACGCUCAGUUGACCUUGCAGAAUAUGCACCUAAUUUGAGAGGAAGUGGUGUACAUGGUGGCCUUAUGGUCUUGGAACCUCGUUUCAAUGUGGAAACCCUGGCACAGUUGCUGAACAUCCCACCCAACAAGACGCUGCUGAGACGCCAUUUGGCAACCCAUUUCAAUUUACUGGUUGGUCAGGAUGCCCAACGUCAGAAGCUGGAAACCAUGGAAUCUCCAGAUUACAUUCUUUUAACUGCAACUGCCAAAGUGAAGCCAAAGAAGAUUGCCUUCAGCAAUUUUGGAAGCCUGAGGAAGAAGAAGCAGGAAGAUGUGGAAGAAUAUGUGUGCCCAAUGGAGUUGGGACAGGCAUCUGGAAGUGGGUCUAAGAAAGGGUUUAAGCCUGGCAUGGAUAUUCGAGUGUAUGAUGACGACGAUCUGGAUAGACUAGAGCAGAUGGAAGAUUCAGAAGGGACAGUGAGGCAAAUAGGAGCAUUCUCUGAAGGCAUCAACAACUUGACACACAUGUUAAAAGAAGAUGAAAUGUUUAAAGACUUUGCUACUUGCUCUCCUAGCGCCAGUAUAACAGAUGAAGAUUCAAAUGUGUGACAAUAAUUGCCAGUACCAAUAAAUAAUUCAAUUUCUUACAUGCUAGGAACAUCAUGGUUACAUGUGAUGGGCAGCAGAUCAUGUACAUUACAUUGCUCUUGCUUCUGUUUGUUAGAAGUGAUAUUUUUGGGUGGUUGAGGAGGAAAGGUGCCUAUUUUAAAGUUGCCAUAAAAAUAAACCAACCAGACACUGGUGAGUGGUAGUAUAAUUGUUUUUACUAUAUUUAAUGUACAAACCUGUGACAUAUAUUUCAAAGUAUUUCAUUUACAGUUUGCUGCCAUAAUGUUCUUUAUGCUUAUUCAUGUAGUGAAAUCUGCUGUUUCAGAAUAACCUGAAACAUUAAGUAGAAUAUUCAACGUAUAGCUAACCUGUGUCCGUAUUCACUGUUGUAUUCAGCUGGGGAAAAAAGAUAUCACGGUGUCCUAUUUUAAUGGAUUUGUCCAAAGUAAAUACCAGUUCUUUUGUGUAGUAUCCAGUGUAGGCCUCGGAGUCCCAUGGCCCUACACAAAACUCAAAGGUAACUCGUGACUGUUGCUUUCUUAUUUUUAUACUGUUUUAUAUAAAAAAUAUGAAGUUCAUGUAAAGCAGAAGUUUUAUUUUGUGACAUAAAGUGGUGAAAGGUUCAAAAAAUUUUUAAAGGAAUAAUCCGAGUUUGCUAACCAGCUGGUUACUGGAAAAGUCAGACUGACCUUUGACCUACUUGCUUCCUUUCGUUUUUAAUUUUUGCUGGGUGUUGUCAACAUUUGUAUGGUUGGAAUGAAGCUAAUGUGAAAUGUAGAUCUGCUUGCAUCACAUUUCUUAAACUGUACUAUCUGAAAUUUCCUUUCUUUUCACCUCCAGCAGCAGCUGUUAACAUUUAAAGUAAGUUUUAAUGGCUUUAGGUUUUUAAAAAUAUUCUGGAAAAUUCACAGCUUGAAAUUGGAAAGUGCUCAAUCUGGGGAAGGAUAUUUCUGUGUUCUGUUUGCAGGAGGAUGGCUUGUAUAGUUGCAAAAGUUAUAUGGAGAAACAUAAGAAAUGUAUAAUUUCCCAGUAUUAAACCUCAAACAUUUUUUGCCUCAAAAAUAAGUUAAAUACCAAAACAUAUGUUGCCGAAUACUUACGCCUCUGUAAAGCACAGCUCCUUUCUGCUUUGAAAUAACCAGGUUUCUAAAAUUCUCACUAGCCGGGGAAAAUCUUUUGUCAUACAUUCUAUAGAAUAGGGUAUUUCUUACAAAACAUUGCCAGCUAUUUGUCUGUUAAAGUGAUGAUUGUUAAGGUGUUGCAUGUUGCAUGAUGCCCCAUGGCUUGUAAAGAAAAACUGCAGCUUGGCUUAUUACCUUACCCAUGUUGUUUGCUUGAACAGAAGGGUUUCAACAUACUUUUUUUUUCAUCAUAGUUGUUGUUACAAGCACUGGGAAGGACACCAUUCUAGACAAGUUGCUUAUACAAUGUAAACAAUGUGAGAGUUAUGGCAAUUUCAGCACAUCAUGUUUUGUUACAGAAGUUGGGAAUGCAGUUGAGAUGUUUUCAAGAUUUUGUUUAAUGUGGGCUUGUACAGAGGGAUUGGAGACUUUUUCUGAUGUUUAGCAGUAUAAUCAUAUCCGCUGUUACCAAUCUGGUUCUUUAAAAGGUGUGCAGCGUAGGUUUAUAUUUAUUUAUAACUACAAUAGAUUCAAUAGAACCAAUAAUGUUGCGCAUUACAUUAAAAUCUGCCAUUCAUUCUUUACUAACCAGAACCAGGCAAAGAAUACAUAAUUAUUAUUUAUUCAUUAUUCAAAAUUAUUGACCGGAUAAUAUCUACAAAUAAUGCUCGAUGUAUAGCUGAUUGAUCAGCAAUGUCUUGUGGUGAUUUGGUAUCUGAGUUGUUUUGAUUGGACAGGUAGGUUACAUGGAAUGCGUCUGUUCCCUGACUGGCUAAGUGUAAGAAGAAGGUUUCCUGUGUGAAUACUUGUGAAUUUGAAGUUUGCUUUCUGUGAAUAUUCUGCAGAGUAAUUAUUUGUAUUGAAGUAGUGCCCAACUAUGCCCAUUCAGGAUCCGGGUCCUGUUGUGCUAGGCACUGCACAAAUACAAGAAGACAUGGGCCCCUGCCCUUAGGAACCAGUAUUUGAUUAAAAUUCACUUUUUAGCAAACUCUCUUCGAAAUGAACACAAUAGUUAAAAUAUUUGCAGAAAGAGAUCCCAAGGGGAUUACAAACACAAAUAUUAAAACAAAUAUUCACAGAAAGGGCUGGAUGGGGGGAGCUACCAAUAAGUCUACUGAGACCUAUAGAUGUUCAUUUGUACUGAAUUGCAACGUAAAUAGAGGUCUGUUGAAAAUCAUUCUUUUUAGCAGUUUAAUGGUUGGAAAAAGGCCUUCCUAUCCAAGCUACCUAUCAUCUGAACUUUGAUUAUUUUAUGGAGAGAGUAAUAUAAAUGCUAAAAUAAAGUCAGGAAGUUAAAACAAACACAUACACUUCUUAUGAUAUUUUAAUUUUUUUUCUGUGUAAGAUGUAUGGCUAUGUAAAAGCAAAUAAAGUCUGUUGGAAAAUGCC